AGAGGAGGGGCUAGACCCAGCAGUGUCUUCCUCUUUGGUAUUAUCUUAAAAGAGAUUGUAGCAGCUUUGCACAGGAUUUAUCUAAACGUAAGUCCAUGAUAAUGCGGUGGUCCCCCAAUGGUAAGUGGUUUUAAUGGAUGAUCUGGUCAAAAAUGCAUGUCGUAUCUUAGACAACCACAGUCCAGGUGACGAAAAGAAUAACUAUUUUAAAAAUAUAAGGGUUUUAGGUGUUUUUUUUAAAGUUGGGGAUCGCUGCUAUCAAAACUCUGGUAAUCAUGUGUGCAAUAUGUUGCCCUCGUCAUAUUCUUGUGCAAGUGUUGACCUAUGUCCUAUCAGACAUUUUAGAAGCUACGUCCCCCCCCCUUUUCAACCCCCCCCCCCCAUUUUACGUGAAAUUUAGAACUUUAACAUGUUUACAUCGUAAUCUGGUUUUUGUUCUCAGCCUAAUGGCAACAUCUACCCAGUCAUGCAGGACAUCAUUGGUCCCGGGGCCCAGGACCUGACACAGCUUCUCUACGCCCCAGGGCCGUCGCAGGAGGGACCCAGGGGCAGGGGUCGGGGUCGAGGAGGAGGGGAUCGAGAUGACCCCCGGGCUCAGCUCAUCCAGGUUCUUCAAUACGUCAUUGAAAACUUGAUAUACCACAUGACUGAAAUCAUGGUUAGUGUUCCAUGUCUUGACGAUAUUCUAUAGCUAUUGAAAACUUGAUCUACCAGAUGACUGAAAUCAUGGUUAGUGUUCCAUGUCUUGGCGAUAUUCUAUAGCUAUUGACAACUUGAUCUACCAGAUGACUGAAAUCAUGGUUAGUGUUCCAUGUCUUGGCGAUAUUCUAUAGCUAUUGAAAACUUGAUCUACCACAUGACUGAAAUCAUGGCUAGUGUUCCAUGUCUUGGCGAUAUUCUAUAGCUAUUGAAAACUUGAUCUACCAGAUGACUGAAAUCAUGGUUAGUGUUCCAUGUCUUGACGAAAUUCUAUAGCUAUUGACAACUUGAUCCACCACAUGACUGAAAUCUUCGCUAGUGUUCCCUGUCUUGACUCUUGACGAUAUUCUAUAGCUUCAUGACUUUGUGAUUUUAGGUCCUUUCAAAAAAGACCGCCCACUAACAUGUUUAAUUAGUCUUGGACAUCGAUAAAUGUUGUUCUGUGGUGUAAACUAUAUCAAAGAAUACUUUAAGAGUAUUACGCUUACAAAGAAUGGGUUGUUUAGACUACUUUACUUAUUUAAAGUAGUGUUAAACAUAGUGUUAAGCAUAGGGUUAAACAUAAUGUUAAACAACUAUAUAAGCUAUUAAAUCAAACUAAAUUGAAAUAUAUAUAUAUAUAUACAUUUUCAAACAGCCUAAGACUGGAGUGCUGGGUACACACAACAAAUCUGCUGUAUUUGAGAUGAUCAAAAGUGGGAAAAGAUUUCCCGAUGGUUACUUCUGGCAGAUUGAGUUGGUAAGUCAAUUUUAUAGUCUUAUGUAUUUAUGCGGCAAUUAAUAGUUCAACCGAUGGGGUCAUCUAAUAAAUCCAGAUAUAUUCUGCAAAUUGAUGUAGUGGUGUAAUAUAAUGUAGCAUUUCGUCUUCUUCUGUACUUUGAGGGCCCCACGAUCAAUGUAUUCAUCAUUCUGGCUUCUAUUUCUGCAGAGUGUCACGAUAUUUAUGUGCUUGAUUUUGAAUCGGAUAUGUCACUGGUUGCAAGGGCUACUCAGUGAGGGUAUCAGGGACUGGGGAGGGGGGUGGAAGGAAUGAGGCAACAGACGCAAAUAUGUCAAGUUUUGUCGUCUCAACUGUUUCUUUUGGAAUCUUGUUCCAGUCCCUAAUUUUCUUUGACAAGAGGAGCCAAAUGAGCCAGGAUGAGUUCCUGUUCUUCUUUACCAUAUGAUUCUAGUGUAAAAAAGAAUGAAUAUGUUUUGCAACGUGUAUUGAAAAGUAUGAGGGAAUAUUAAAUAGUGUGUAUUCUGAUUAUCAUCUGUUGCGAAUGAUAUGGUGUAAUUUUGUAUGCAUUUUAUGAGGUGUAUUUGUGCCAUGUCACGAGGCUAUUUUUUAAUAUAUAAUAAUAAUAAUAAUAAUAAUAAAGUUCAUUUCAAAAACACGCUUCAUCCCCAAAGGCUCGAAGCGCGGUACAAAGUCAAAAAAAAACAAAUCUAUAGUUUACCACAUUUAAAACAAACGCAACACGACAAAAACUAAGUACAAGCAUACAAUGGCAAAGUCUUUCUAGCCAUUUCAACCAUAAGCAACACAGCCAUUAUGCAUUAACUGGAAAAUAAUGUUGACAAUCAUCCCAGAAUAUAGCGUAACGCAUGGCGCGUUGUAGCUUAUUUUGAAUUAAGAUAUGAUGCCAAAAUAUUGUCAUGUAUUGUAAUAUGAUGCCAAAAUAUUGUCAUGUAUUGUAUUAUGAUGCCAACAUAUUGUCAUGUAUUGUAAUAUGAUGCCAACAUAUUGUCCUGUAUUGUAAUAUGAUGCCAACACUAUUGUCAUCUCUACUCGUUGACAGGACCGACUGCAAUUUGACGGCAGUGGCAGGACAGCAAAUGUGGGAAAUCUAGAGGCCUUCAUUCUCAUUGUUGGCAUCUUCCUUUCCAGGAGUUUUAUCACCACGGUAAGAUGACCACUGCAUGGUUAAGGAUCAUACGAUAAUCAUGUAUUAAGUCAACUAAAUGACCAUCUGUUGCUAGUGAUGCAUUGAGCCAGCAGUAAAGUAAUUUAUCACCAAAAAUUAAAGCAAAAAACAAUUGUUCUAAAGUAAUCCAAAGAUUGUUUUACUUUUUAGCACUUGCAACAUAAACACAUUAUUUUUUAUAUGUUGUACUAUAUUUGAUGUUUUGUACUUUAUUUGAUGUGUUGCAUUUUAUUUGAUGUGUUGUACUUUAUUUGAUGUAUUGUACUUUAUUUGAUGUGUUGUAAUUUAUUUGAUGUGUUGUACUUUAUUUGAUGUGUUGCACUUUAUUUGAUGUGUUGUACUUUAUUUGAUGUGUUGUACUUUAUUUGAAAGCUAUUGAUGAAGCCAGUGGACUACGGUCUGUCCAAUGACCCACUGACCGACACGGGGGAGCGAAACCUGAAAAUGCUGGCCACAUGCCUCUUGUUCCUGGUCAGGAGGGUGUCAGUGAGGCGGGAGUCUCCGAUGCUGGUAAAUUUGAUUUGAGGGUGAUAAGAGGGUGUCAGGAGAGUGUCAGGAGGGUGUAGGGGGUGUUAGUGGUGUCAGAGGGUGUCAGGAGGGUGUCAGGAGAGUGACAGAAGGUGUCAAGGGGGUUUUAGAAGUGGGUCAAGAGUGUGACAGAAAGGAGUCAGUUGGUUGUCAGGGGUGUCAAUUUGUAACAUGAUGGUGUCAGGGGUGUCAAUUUAUAGUAUGAUGGUGUCAGGAGUUUCAAUUUGUAACAUGAUGAUGUCUGGGGUGUCAAUUUGUAGCAUGAUGAUGUCAGGGAUGUACGGAGGUUUUAACUGAGAUAGUCAUGUAUAUAUGAGUUUGACUUGUGGACUUUAGGAGGAUCUUAGCAGGGUGUUAUUGGGGCUUAGUGUGAUUGCAGUCUUGUAAUUCAAAGUUCUAAUAUGACUUCGAGAUCAAAAUCUGGAAAUGCGCCUGACAAAAGACAAAAACCCAGAAAAUUCAACAAGGAACAAACUGGUGUUCCUUUGUUUUUAAAACAAAAUUUAUUUUAUUUAUUUAUUUGGUAUUUGUAGGACAUAAAGUAGAACAAUUUUUUUUUUAAAGCUGUGUUAAUGAUACCAAAAAUAUUCAAAGUAAUACGAAAUAAAGAACAGAUUUUUAAAAAAAUAAUCUAAAAAGUCCCCCCCUCUGUACAGCUCCAACGAUUUUUUUUUUGUUGUUGUUUUAUUUCCCAGCCCAUGCCAGGUGAGGUGGCCAGGUACGUGUAUGCUGACGAGGAGAUGAGACCGGUACAUCUUAGACUGAGGCGGACGUACGAGUACUGUGAGGUAAUGACACACUCAAAGGCUAAACUUGGUUAAAUCUUAAACUUAAUCUGGCCUCGACUUCGUAAUCGUCUGGGAACAGAGUGCACAGAUAAACCCGUUACAUUGCAAACGAUAAAUCGGCAAGUCUUUAAGUUUACAAUUCGUUGAGAAAUUUUAAAAUGUAAUUUUCAGAGUAGUUGAUUGUAAGGAGUAAGUCUACAUGCAACAGUUUUAAAAUUGUACGUCCGCAAUUUUCGUCGGCACUAAAGCCAAAUUUUAAAUGAGCGCAAUUGUUUACAGCUCGUCUUUUGCAAAUGAGGCUAGACGACCCUUCAUUUUUAUUAUUUAAAAUGUUAAAUUAUAAAAGCAUGUUUUCAUUAAUAGAAUUCGCCCCAUCAUAAUGUAAUCCCCUUCUUUAAUGUAGUCUGAUCAUUGAGGGAUGAACUUGCAAUUCUCAGCUACCCGAGACGAGACCAGAAUACUGGAAGACUCGUAAAAAAUAAUUUAAAAAGAAAUAUUGAAAAAUAUUACACCGAUCACAACCACAUUGAUUUAUUAAAAUUAAAUGUGUACUUAAAUAUCAAGAUUUCGACACUUAAAUAUCAAGAUUUUGACACUUAAAUAUCAAGAUUUCGACACUUAAAUAUCAAGAUUUUGACACUUAAAUAUCAAGAUUUCGACACUUAAAUAUCAAGAUUUUGACACUUAAAUAUCAAGAUUUCGACACUUAAAUAUCAAGAUUUUGACACUUAAAUAUCAAGAUUUCGACACUUAAAUAUCAAGAUUUCGACACUUAAAUAUCAAGAUUUCGACACUUAAAUAUUAAGAUUUCGACACUUAAAUAUCAAGAUUUUGACACUUUAAAAAAAAAACAACAACACGUCUUUAACAGCGAUUGCAACUAUUUAAGUGCCAUUUAUGCAUACAACAAAUAUGACCUACACCAUGUCAUUUAUAAAGUCAACGCUAAUUUCUGUCAUGAUUUCCUGACCAGAAUCUGCUGAGAGAGUGGGGAGCCGAGUACAUCAAGCGACUUCGGGAAGCUGUCUCAACGACUACAAAAUCUGCUUAACAGUUGGCGACGUCUAGAGAAUCUCCUUUGAAUUAUCUGCCUCUCUUAUAAAUGUUGGCUUUGGUGGACCCAGAGGUUCCUGUGCAGUAUGGUCUCCCCUUCUUUAUGCUAUCAGAUGACACUUGAGCGAUUCGUAUCGACGUCCAACGCUACGGGACGAAUUUUCGUUGUUACUUCCCUUUUCCCAUUGACCUUGUUUGUACGGAAUGGGAGAUAGUUCACUCAUAAGACUACUAUCGCUUUUAACAGUGUUUAUAAAGUGCACAUGGCUUCAUUAUCUUAUAAAAAGUUAAAUGAAUUAAAUAGCUUAUGACAUCGGGUAUACAACACUGUGAUAUGACUUUAUAACAAUCGUUAUACAACUCAAAGACAUGACUGCAAUGAAGUAUAACAACGGUUGUGCUGCAAAACAUUGAUGUGACUUCAAUUACUUACAACAAUGACUUAACAACGCAGUGAUCUGAAUUCAAUUAACUAUGACAUCUCUGUUAUAAAACAAAGCACUAUGACUUAAAUAACUCGAUAAUUUACGAUCGCAAAACUCAAUCAAAAGUGUUACGAAUUUUUACGAUUUCUGUUGUUUUUAUGCUAAUUAAUCUUGAUAUAAUGUAACAAGUGCCUUAAAGAAAACUCGAACACAACAAACACCAUCAAAGAAGACAGCAGAAGACUAUAGAAUGUAGUUUAUUUAAACUAAAAAAUUAUGAUGUAAUGGAAACAGUGUAUCUGCUCCACUGUGUACAAAACUUUACUGCUCAUGAAUAUAAACUUCUGUACAACAACCAGCCAUUACAUUAACUGCUCAUGAAUCUAAACUUCUGUACAACAACCAGCCAUUACAUCAACUGCUCAUGAAUCUAAACUUCUGUACAACAACCAGCUAUUACAUCAACUGCUCUUGUAAUAUGGACUUUGCACAACAACCUGCUAUUACAUCGACUGCUCAUGUAAUAUGGACAUUUUCCCAACAACCAGCCAUUACAUCAACUGCUCAUGUAAUAUUGACAUUUGCCCAACAACCAGCCAUUACAUCAACUGUUCAUGAAUAUGGAAUCUUGCACAACAACCAGCCAUUACAUCAACUGCUCAUGUAAUAUUGACAUUUGCCCAACAACCAGCCA